GAGGAUUUUGCAAUCGCCAGAUUUUUCGGAGUAAAAAAGACGAUUUUCGAUAAAUGCGACGCUUUUGCUGGAGCCUAAAUGGGAGUGAUAUAAGAAACAUAUAUCAAAGAAACUUACAGACGUCUACUUAUACGAUCUUACACCUUAGUUUGGUCAGAAAAGACCAAUAUCUGUGACCCAUAUGCUAAUAUUUUCCUGACCUGGUUGUCCCACACUGCUACAGUACACAGCUAGCUGUGGCAAUACACAGUGCAUUCUACUUCCGGGUUCUCCAAUAUUUGCUGCCAAAUACUGUCUGCUCGCAUGGAGAGAUUAUAUUAUGCCCUGUACUCGGAGGAUCAACUUAAGAUUACAGGCGUCGGGCAAUGGGAGUACAAUUUUGAAACCAGGAAACGUGAACAUGAGUAACAAAGUUUGCGGCAGCUCUGGGCACCCUUCUGAUAAGGAAGCCAUGACGACUUUCAGUGGAAUGAUUGUGCAACCCAAACAUGCCCACUUCCCUGAUAUUCCUCUCGACAGCUGUCUAUUCUACGAAGCGGUCUUGUUUGUUUAUGGCAUCCUUGUUAUGAUCCUCCAGUAUGUCCAUCUGUACAAGACAGUCUGGUGGCUGCCACAGUCACAUGCCACCUACGGACUGAAUUUCUACAUGAUUGAUCCUCAUCUGUUCUCUCUGCUCUGCAUCAUCAUGAUCAAGCGGCUCAUAUGGACGUUCAUCAAAGAGGCUUAUAAGGAGAGUUCGCCCCGUUCCUGCACCUUCUGGUUCAUCCAGUUGAUCAAGUUGAUCCUGACGAUAGGGAUGACUGCAUCUUUCUUUUACACUGCCUACCAUGUUAUACUGAGCUAUCCCAUCAUGUAUCUCCUCCUUCUCUGUUACCCCAUUGCCAUGUAUGUGACCCUAUUUUGGCCAAGCCUCCGAUCGUUGAUGAACAGUUCGAGAUCAGAUUUCGAUGAGCGGCCAAUCCGAUCAAAGCGCGAACAGAAGCCAGCCAUUCCAUCCCAUAAUUGUACCAUGUCUCCGGAAUCGGUUCGCGAUGAAGUUGAACAUCUCAAAACUGACUUCAAUGGACGUAUUAAGCAGGUUUUAUUCGUAUCGAUGCUUUGUGCCUACUACAUGUGUUUCAUCCCAGUCUGCUUUGCACAGCAUGUUAGUAACGAGUGUGACACGUGCUGGAACACCCUGUACUACGACCCCUGGUGGGUUAGCCAACACGCUGUCAUCGUGUGGGUCAGUGCGUUUGUUCUUUGUCUUCUUUAUUAUCUCCCACCAAAAUAUGUGGACACGUUACAUCGAUGUGCCCUGCAUCUCGGCAGGUGGCAGAAAGUGGAAGGACGGCAUGCCCAUGUGCCGUACAAUGCGUGGUCAGAGUUACAAGUUUGGCCCAUGGGUGCUCUUGUGAAACAUGUGCGUGGACUGUUCAAGGCUGAGGGCAUUAAUAAUACAGCCGAACCAGGCAAUAACAUGCAUGCCAGGUUCUUUUUUAUGUUUCACAAGCCCUUACGUGUAGUGAACUGGCUGCUGAUCAUCACAUGGAGUCUAAUCAUGUAUCAGUUCUUCACGUUAAUCCAGUCAUCUGAAUGGAGCCAUAUCCUCUCCACAACAUUCAUGCUCUUCUGUAACUAUUACAUCUUGUUUCGAUUGAUGCGGGACCGAUUCAUCUUGAACCGAACAUAUCGGGAGGAACAGAUCAUGCAGCAUAUGCAUCAGACGUGAGGAGGAUGUGGCAUAGAUAUGACACAUAUCCAGUCAGAGCCAUAAACAAUACUCCUCUAUUGGAAAAUCUAAACGACGAUGAGAAAAUGUUACGGACAACUCCCACACGUUGUGAAUAAAUAAACAGCCUGACUUAGGUGGUCUAUGUUCUCUCUAAGUUGUAACUGUUACAUGUAAGUCUGCAAGUCACCCGAGACUUUAGUCAUGUUGAUGGAUUUUGCUAUCAACGCUCUAUAUCACUUGUAAAAUGUGGCAAAAAAUAAAUGUUUAUAUCUGCAA